AUGUUAAUCUAUGCUUUAACAUUCGCUCAAAAAUGGAAUUUUACAAAAGAACAAGCAGAACAAAUUCCAAAUCAAUUAACUGAAGCAUUAAAAGAAUUAGCACUAAAAGCAUUUGUGAUUUGUCCUCAUACUGCUGGAGUCGAACAACUUUUUUCAUCUAUGGAAAUUUCUAAUAAAGCUAAAAAUAAUCCAGUAUUAAAUAACAUUAGUAAAAAUACAAAUUUUACGGAAUUAGAAGAUUAUGAUACAUUAUUUUCCUUAGUUUCAAAUAUCGAUAAUGAUAUUGAAAUGGAAAAUAAUGAGUUUCAAGAAAUUUAUACUGAAUUUGAAAAUUCAUCAGAUUUAUUUUUAGAACAACUUAUUAAUUUUGAUGUUGAAGAGUUAACACUAGAAUCGAAUGAAAGAGAAAAUAUAACUAGAAAUGAAAUUACAAAUCAAUAG